AUGCUCCGCAAUCUUACAACAUCUCUCAACCGCGGUGAUGGAUCUGCCUCGGGGAGCGCCAGCGCCCCCAUACGAACUUACACACCUCCAAGCUUAGCUGAGUCCAGCUCUGCAUACGAAGAACUACUGGCAGAUGGAGACAAUGAUCAUGCCUUCGAAGGCAACUCUUCCAUGACAGCCCACACCGUGCUCGCUAGCGAGUUCCUUGAACAAGCCGUGACGAAUACCUCUCUCAGUCGACAACUCAGCCCCAACAUUGAGAAUGCACUGGCGUCCCUACGACAAAUGGUCCAGAUGCAGCACCGGAAGGACUCGUCCCAGGAGAGUACGUUUGCUCACCAGAAACCAAUGCCAAAGGGAGGCCUCAGCCAAUUGCCGUUGCCGCCGACGGAUGUUGUUCUGAAGCUAUUGCGUGAGAUCAAGAUCACACCGCCCAUGAUCUUUACGAUGAGCUGUACAUUCAUCACCGUCGAGGCCUUUAUAGAAUCCUGUCGGAAAGUGUACUUUGCCACCGAGGACUAUAGCACUGCCAUCUUCAUCAUUGUGAAUGCCGGUCUAUACUACAUUUUUCAAGAAAAGUCGUUCAUGGACGAGUCCGAAAGCCAAGACUACCUACAAUAUCACUACCUGUGCAGGGAUAACCUGGAGACUGCCUUGGCUAACCUGCCACUCCUUCUACCGCCAAAUAAGGAAAUAGUUGAAGCUCUCCUGCUUGGUGUUACCUACUUGAUCGAGAUCUCAAAAUUUACGCUUGGGUGGCAACUCAACAAUGCCGCGGCGGCCAUAUGCCAGACGCUAGGCUGGCAUCGUCUCCAGGCCACUCAAGGCGAGGCGGAUAACAUAAAGGGCGCCAUGUUCUGGUUCUGCUACAUAUUGGACAAGGGCCUUGCAUUGCGUUUUGGGCGCGCCUCGGCCAUGCAGGACUGGGACAUCUCGACCCCACGCCGCUUUAGUAACAACCACCUAAUGGAACCAUGGGAGAAUGCGAUCAAUCUUUGGAUCCAGACCGGAAGCGUACUGGGCGAGACGUAUGAGCACUUGUACAGCCCAACCGCUCUGGCUCGACAGCCAGCACAACGGAUCGAGACUGCGCGGCUCUUGGUUGAAAAGAUCAAACAUCUGUGGAAGGAGCUCGAGGAGUUGAGGACGGCCAUGAAGAGGGAAAGCAAGACGAUCAUGGAAGCAUCUAGGGGGAGUCUCAAGGACAAAGAAUGGCGCACGAUGUCGCUGGACAUGAUCCUCAAGUCGGGUGAGGUGAGCCACUUGGCCUCCCUGACUCUGAUCUACCGCGCGAUCCCAAGUGCGCCGGGCAUCCCCAGCACAUUUAACACCGAAUGCCUCGAAGCGGCGAGAAUGGCGUUCAAGUCCCACGAAGAAUGCAUGAGGAUCACCUCGGACAAACCCUUUGUACAGGCUGGCUAUCUGCAUUGGACGAUCUUAUAUUCUCCCUUUACUCCUUUCAUCGUCCUCUUCUGCCAUGUUAUUGAGACAUCCAGCGUGGACGAUCUCCGCCGCCUAGAGCAGUUCACAGCAGGCCUCCAGCCCGUGCUGUCCAUGUCCAAGGGCAUCGAGAAACUGCAUCGUCUCUGCAAAGUCCUUUACCAAGUGGCCGCCCUGUACGUCGAGGCCAAGGUGCAACAGCAGGAUGACCACGACAUGACCAUGGUGGGAAACGACUUUGACAUGUACCUGUCCCAGCUGGGCUUCAUCUCCCAGCCGCACCCGAGCGAGGGCACGGCCAUUGGCGACGAACACGGGCUGGGAAGUGACUCUGCAGUGAACCAGGCGCCGGGGCUGGGGGACUGGUUCUCGGGGAAUAGAUACGUCAUGGGACUGAUGGAGGAGGACUUGCUGGACUUCGAUCCCGACGUGUGGGCGUCGACAACGGGAGCAGGAUGA